CAAGAAUUUAAGAACCAAACAGAAACAAGUAUUUUCCUAAUGCAUAUCAUGAAUAGUACUUGCUCUUUCUUCCAUAACCCAGAUUCGAAAGUGUCGCAACAAGAUCCUGCUAAUGUUGUUCUCUUUAAAUCAUUUCAUCAUGUUCAUCAUGACCCUACUCAUGAUUUUCUUUCCUACGAUAUGGUUGACCAAGGACCAACAAAAACUGAGUCAAAUCAACUAGUGAAGAACUCUGAAGAUAAAGAAAGAUCAUACAUAGGUGUAAGGAAAAGACCUUGGGGGAAAUUUGCUGCAGAGAUCAGAGAUACAACUAGAGGAGGAAGAAGGGUUUGGCUUGGAACUUUUGAUAGUGCUGAAGAUGCCGCUUUAGCUUAUGAUCAAGCUGCAUUUUCAAUGAGAGGCAAUAAUGCUGUCAUCAAAUUUUCUGUUCAAAGGGUUAGAGUCUUUGCAAGAGAUUCAAUAAGAUUGCAGAGAAGGAUCUUCUCCUGCACUUGCACUCAAGGAGAGACACUAUAACCAAAGGAAGUUGUCAUCAAGAGGUGUAAAGAAUAAUAAUAAAUCAGGAAAACAAGAUCAAUCAGAGGAAUCAUCAUCAUCAUCAUCAAGUGUUUUGGUGUUAGAGGAUUUGGGAGUUGAAUAUCUUGAGCUACUUCUAACCAUGUCUGACCAAAGUACAAGCAACAACAGCUACUUCAAAUCAACUUCUUAAUUUCAGUAAUUUUCUUUCCUUUUUUGACUUUUUUCAUUCUUGUUUUUUUUUUGGGCUUUAUACAACAUCAUUUAUGAAGCGUCUGCUUGUUUAGGUUUUGUGUUCUCUUUUAUUUUUCAUAAGAAACAAACUUUAUUCAUAACUUGAAUUCAAAGAGUAAUAAAGUCAAAAAACAUGACAAGUACCUUCAUGAUGAUAGACAGUAUUGUUCGGGAAAACGAUAAAUAGAAAUUAAGAAACAAAAUCGCAUGCAAAAACGAUAAUGUGUACAAACUACAAUUCUCCAAAAUAAUAGCACAAAAAAUUGUAACACAUAGAUUUCUUUCAAACAUCCCAUGACUCUGAUAUAUAUACACUUCCAAAUUAAAUAACAACUUAUUUCUCAUAACAUUCUAAGCCAAGAGUAUAUGAGAAAGAGAUGAAUCAGAUAUAAAUUAUAAAGUGUCAGAGAUUGAUGCAUUUUGUAACAAAAUUAGAAUACAUAUACAUAUAUAGUUUAGUCUAUAUCUUCCUUUAAAAUCCGAAAUAAAGUGAGACAUUUUUC